AAUAAGAAAAAGGUAUCAUCAUCAUCUAGAGCGUCUUCUCGACGGCGAAGAGUAACCACAAAAACCUCGUCCAGUCCUCUUCUUCCAACCUCCAAUCGCUCUGCGAGAAAAUCAAAUCUCAUGCUCUCUCGACUAUCAUCAUCAUGAAGGCUUGCAAUUUCAUGUCCCCUUCCGCUCCACCAAGAUUCACCACUCCAUACCCGCACCUCCGCACGUACAACAACACCUCACGCGCCGCAGCCCCCUUGCUUCAGGUGAGAUCCUUCCAGCGCGGCGACUUCGACCGUUUCGCCGAUAACGUCAAGUCCGGAAAGGCCUGGAGAGACGCGUGGCGGACCGCCAACGACGGGUUCGAGCAGUUCGUGUUUGAGGCCAAGAAAACGGCCGAGCGAAUCGACCGUGAGUACGCCGUGUCUCGCCGUCUAAGCUCCGCCGCGAGUUCUGCCGGGGACCGUGCUCGGGAGAUUGAUCGUGAGUAUGGGAUUAGCCCACGCGUCAGGACCUUAUCCGCCGAUUUUAGUAGAAAUUUCCCCAAGUACAGGAAGCAAUUCAGUGACUUCUUGAAUACACCUCUCGGUGGAAGUUUUGCUACCAUUUUCUUUCUUUGGUUUGCUCUCUCUGGAUGGCUGUUCCGAGUGAUUAUUGUUGCCACAUGGGUUCUUCCCAUUGCUGGUCCUCUUCUCAUUGGUGCAGUCGCCAAUAACUUCGUCAUCAAGGGAGAAUGCCCAGCGUGUAAGAGGCAGUUCAUAGGAUACAAGAACCAAGUGAUCAGAUGCGAGGGAUGUAGGAACAUUGUGUGGCAGCCACAAGGCGACUUCUUCUCAAGAGACGGUAACAACAACAAUAGCAGCAGCAACAAGGGUAACUCUAAAAAGCCGCCUAAGUCCCAAAUCAUCGAUGUCGAUUUCGAGGAGAAAUGAUGAUCAGGCGAUUAAAAAAAUUGUGUGUUCGGUAGUAACAGAAUCAUUUACUGUUUUUGUUUGUUCUAUAAGCUGCGGCGAUGCAGAAAGGCACUCGUUCUGAUUGUUGUGUAUAAUAUAUUAUAAGGCCUUUGUGUAGAUGAACAAAUGUAGUUUCCAAGGGUACCCGAGGCGACGAGAGACUUUGAAAGUAAUUUAUACCUAGUCAAAUCAUAUGAAGUAGCAUUUUACAAAUGUA